AUGCACAAGCGAAAGGUGGUGCAGUACCUGUCCAAGUAUAUUCGCGGCCUGAAUGCUGAACAAGUGUCAUCCAGACUGCUUUCAGGCGAAGUCGAGUUGAGAGAUGCAGAGCUCGAAGUGGCACCGCUGCAGAGCCUGCUGGCCUCCGCUGGCUUGCCCUAUACCCUCGAGGUGCUUGCCGUGUCUUGUGACCUGGUCUCUGUGACGGUGCCGUGGAGCGCCCUCCGCUCUCGACCCUUGCAGGUGAAAAUCGGGCACGUGCGUGCCCAGGUGAAGGUGCAUGACGCCACUGAUGCAGCCUGGGUAGAGAUGAUUGCAGCUGCGGCUGCGCGGGCGAACACAAAGCGGAGCUCUCCAGUUUCCAGCAAGGAGCAGCGCAGCUUACGGGUAUCUGAUGUCAGAGUUGCCAUGAUUGAUGGCUUGCACGUUUCUGUCGCAUCUCUGCAGCUGGUUUGCAGCCUCGCUUCCUCGAAUCCGUUGUUUGCGUUUGAGCUGCAGCUGAAAGAGAUCUCGCUGAACCCUUUGGCACCUGACAGCCAGGACCCCGACAAGAAAGCCAAGUUUCGACAGAAGAGCAGAAGCUGGACAUCCCUGCACAGGAGGCUGGAGCUGCAACAUCUUGGAUUUUCUGCCGCCAGUCUGACCGGCUCGGCAAGCUCAGCACUGCUCUCGGUGUCCGGCUUCUGUGUGGACCUGGUCGAGGGCAGGGACGUUGGGCGGCGAGAUGGGCAGACUGGCUCCGCAAGAAUGGCGCUGCUGCCACGCGAUGUUCGAGCCAAUGUAAGCUUGCGGGACUGUCACGUUCAAUGCGGUCAAGCGGAACUUGCCGACUUGGCAUCUCUGGUAUGCCACAUCGCUCAGCCACCCGUGCCACCGCUGGGUCUGCUUCGUGCCACAACACGGCAGCAUGUAGACGCGAUAUUGGCAGAGGAAGUGAAGUCACAGCGGCUUCAGCGCGAAAAGCGUGCAGGCAGAGAGCCGAAAGCCUCUGCCGGCGGAGGAAUGGCCCAUGCUGCGCAGCGCGCGCAGCGGGCUGCUCAUGGCGCGGUUGCUGAUGCUACAGCUGCUGCGGAUGCUGCAGCAGAGACUGCUCGGAGAACAGCUGCAGUGGCUGUUCACGGUGCUGAGCGUGCGGCAGCUGUUGCUCAAAGGGCUACGCACAGUGCUACCCAAGCACUCGGUGGCGCCCGUCGCAGUGGCCAGGCGGCAGCUGAAAAGGCCUUGGGGCAAGCUGCAUCGACCUCAAAGAAAGCCUUGGGCAGCUUGGGCACACUUGUGCGUGGCAACUUCAAGGGAAAGCUCGGAUUUGCUGCAAGUGGUCCGAAGUCAGUGAAGGGCAUAACCUCAGGGCCGGAGCAGGCCAGCUCCGCAUGCUCACUAACUUUGGAGGAGCAGGAAGAGCUGGAGUUACAGCAGGCCCUUGCUCUCUCAUUGCAAACGGAAGCGUGCACCUCGUCGGCCGCGUGGGAGGAGGGAAUCGCCACCUCGACAAUUCAACUAGAACCCUCAGGGAUUGAAGUGGAAACUACAUCUGAUCACCUGUCAGCUGGAGCGUCCGAAACAGACGAGGAUGACGAGCAAGAGCGUGUAGUAGCUGUUGAUUCCGCAUGCCCAGAGGAUGUCGAGGACGCUGACGAUCUUGAGGAUGUCGAUGAAGAUGCGGAUGGCGCCCAAGACCACGAGGAUGAGGAUGGUGAGGAUGGCGGAGGAGUUGGGGGAGGUGCUGGGAGCGCUGCCUUGGGCCACCUGGCCUUGACCCGCAAAUGGAGACCGCCGAAUCUUCGUGUUCUGUCAACGCACGUAUCUCUGAGGAAAAUCUCCGUCAGGCUACCGAUGGGCAGCAAGGCAUGCGCAGAGACGCAGGCUCUCCUGGAGAUUCUGGAUUUAAAUAUCACUCUUGAAGGCUUCCUGCGCUUGUCUUUGGCGGAGAGGCGCUGCCUGGAGCGUCUUCGGGGCGCCUCCACAAUGCAGUCUGUAGCAAUUGCAGACAAUGCAGCCAUGACAGGAUUCAGUGGAAGCUGUUUGUUGACAUUGUGCUCUCUUCAGCUCGUCGUCAUCGAUUCUGCAAGGCACCCACUAAUCCAAGCACGCCGAAUACACCUGCGGCUAUGUUGCACGAAGCGAGCCCCCAGCAGUUGCCCAGAACUGCAUUCAGACGUAUGCGUUCAAGGCGUGGAGAUCUAUCCUCAACCUUUGGUGUUUGUGGCUUUGGCUGAGCUAAAGACUCUCGUGGCCACUGUGAUUCAGGCCCGUGAUGCCGUCGAGCAUCUGCCGGAUGCAACUAGCAGCCCGACUGUCACUGAGAGCAUGAAUCUACAGCCGCGGUUUCACGUCGAACUUGUCAUUCGGGAUGUGCGGAUUCGGCUCACGCCGGCCCCCUCUUUGAGCCUUUCUUUGUUGCUCCCAAGCCUCCGGGCAGUGGCUGGAGACGCCACAGAACAAGGGCUGCUCCCGCUUCCACUCCCUCACAGUUCCGGCGUCGGCGUAGGUGCUGCUGGCACUGCGAUUCUGCAUUCCGAUCCCGAUUGGCAUGUCUACGGAUGCCUUGGCACGAGCAGUAACGAAGCGGAGUCGAAGAGCCUUGCAAACUGGGAGACACUGGUGACUGAGCGACAGUGGUCGGAGGGUUUACAGGAGGCGACUGUUGCGUCGAAGCGUUUGCUCCUCCGUCGCAAUGAAUUCCUCAGACUUUCUGCAUCAAAACUGAAGGCCUUUGAACAGACACAGCUCCAGGAUAAGAUAGCAGAGGAGCAGCAUGCGAUAAGCCUCACGACUAUUGCCAAGGCGAAAGACGAUCGAUUUCAUGAUUUGUCGGCAGGACAUUGGGAGGGCUUCGAAGAUGAGCUGCAGGCACAGUUGGAGGGGCUUCGAAAUGAACUGCGAGCCUUAGAUGAGCUCCGUCGCAAGGACGAGGGAGAGCUGCGAGACUGUGAGCGGGAAGCAUCCACUGGCUUGCUAACUGCUCUGCAAAAUCUGCGGGAGCACGAACUCCAGCAGCAGCUGGAAGAAGAGAAACGUGCCAGUGUGGCUUUGCAGCAGCUGGUCCUUGCCUUCUCCUACGAGUAUGAAGCUUGUGAAGGCAAGCCACUGUCUAGAACGGGCUACAGUGGCUUGAGGAAGGCGGCCGAGGACCAGAACAGGUGGCAAAAGCAGAGGCUGGAGCCGCUUUGCUCCACUGCGUCCUGGCCGUCCCUGGCCUCGCAGCAUGGCUGGCAUCACUCAAACUGGCACAUUGUGAAGCUCUUGCCAGUGCAAGGCCACAGCAACCUGGAGGAGGUCUUCCCGGUUUGGAAGGAGCUGGCGGAGGUUCUUCCCCUGCGGCCCUUGGAGCGCCACCGCCUCGCCAAGGCGGCGACUGGCGCCUCGGUCGCGGCAACUUCGCCUUCGUGUCAACACUUCACCACUUUUGGGCCUGAGGAGGACAGCAGGCGCUAUCGACUUUUGGAAGCAAUCGGCACCGGUGCCACAUCAAGGGUCCACUUGUGUGUGGACAACGGUGGCAACGUGAGAGCCGUGAAGCGGAUUGGCUUAUCCCGAUUGCGGCGACAAGGGAAUUUCAGAUUAAUUGAGGAGAGGCUGCACCAAGAGAUUGCCAUCCACCUGUCCCUCCAGCACGCGAGAAUUGUAGGCAUCGUAGAUGUGGUUGAGACGGAGCAGGAGUUGUGCCUGGUCCUGGAACACCUUGGCGGCGGGAGCUUGGACCAAGUGGUUGCUCGUGGACCUCUCCAGGAGUUGCAGGCUUCAGAGGUGUUUCGGCAGAUUGCAGAAGGCUUGCAGCACAUGCAUACCAGGGGAUUUGCACAUGGCGAUUUGAAGCCUGCCAACAUCCUCCUGUCUGACUCCGAGCAACUACAGGUCAAGCUUGCAGAUUUUGGCCAUUCAAAAGUGGUAGAUGAUGUCCUGACCUCCGACAUUGCUGGCACUCCUCUAUACAUGGCGCCGGAGUGCUUUGCAAGAGAGGCGGCUGAAGCCUUGGAUGCCCGAGCGGCUGAUCUCUGGGCCCUCGGUGUGAUUCUAUUCGAGCUGCUCACAGGGCACUGCCCCUUCUCGGGUACAGGCGCGGAGCUGCAGCAGGCUAUUCGAUCAUGCAACAUCUCCUUCUGGGUCAAUGACGACAUCCCAGUCCCUAGUGGCAGUGCGCAGUCUUUGGUCCUUGCGCUUCUCAAGCGACAGCCUUCGAGGAGGGCCACGCUGGAAUGGUGUUUGAUCCACUCUUUUGUUGCUGGCCCUGGGACCGUCGGACGCCUCCUUUUGAGAGAUGGCCUCCGUGCGACCGAAGCACCUGAGAUCCCAGAAUCCGAAGAUGCUAUGCUGCAAGAGCGCUACCUGCUGCCCAUGCUGACCGAGAUGCACAUACGAGAGCUGCGCAGCGACCUUCGCAAGUGGAUGUUGAAAUUUCGAUGUGCUGCUAUGACAAUUGGCAACGAGGUCGUGGCUAACUUCGGCCUCGCAAGCUUGGUAGCCUGUGCUCGGGAGCGCAUCGAGAAUGCCAGAGCCGAGUUGCUUUGUGUCAUGGCCUUCCAUACGGGCGCAAAGCGUCCGGCAUCCAGCAACGUGCAAGAGGCGCUGCUCGGAGGCACCCGGCGGCACCUUCCCGAAGCGUCGCCUCCAUGCGAUGCUGGCGAAAGCUUGAAGGACAGCGCAGAGAGCCACAAGGCCAAUGAGGACGAAGCGGCAGCACGGCAGCGACGCCUCGCAGCUCGACGGAAGGCAACUCGCACCUGGAAUUUCAGCGGCCGGUCAGGCAUCAAGACCGUGCUGGAUGUUGACUUCCGCAUGCAAGAGGUGGAACUUCAACGAGCAAGGAGACACGCCUUCACUCAAAGACAGGGAGCUGUAAUUGGAUUUCGCAUCCUCGAUGACGAUACGGACAAGCAGAAGGAAUAA